CAGUAGUCCAUAAUAAUGGCACUGUGUACAGGAGUACGUAAAGUGCAGUUCAUAGCAAAUUGUCACUUCCUUAAAAUAAGCGCAGUUUAUCAAAAAAGACAUGUUUCUGAAAAUGUGUCUUCCAAAGCUAAAACCAGCGUAGAGACAGCUGAUCAUGUUCUUUACACUCCGGAGCAUUUUGCACUGAAGGAAUCGCUAAGAAAGAUAAUUGAAAAGGAAAUUAACCCAUAUGUGGACAAAUGGGAGGAGGAGGGUCAGUUUCCUGCUCACAAGGUCUUCAAAAUCCUAGGAAGUGCUGGAUUUUUGGGAAUCAACAAACCUGUUGAAUAUGGAGGUCUGGGACUGGACUUCAGUUACAGCUUGGCCGUGGCUGAGGAGCUGGGAAACAUCAACUGUGGAGGAAUUCCCAUGGCUAUUGGUGUUCAAAGUGAUAUGGCUACUCCUGCACUGGCCAGGUUUGGAUCUGCAGAGCUGAAAAAAGAGUUCUUAAUGCCAUCCAUAAUGGGAGACAAAGUGGCAUGCUUGGGAGUAAGUGAAGUGGGUGCCGGCUCUGAUGUUGCAAGUAUCAAGACUACUGCUGUGCGUAAAGGAGAUGAGCUGGUCAUUAAUGGUGGAAAGAUGUGGACCACUAAUGGAGCACAAGCAGACUGGAUGUGUCUUUUAGCCAAUACUAGUGAUGGACCUUCACACAGAAACAAGUCCCUUAUCUGUUUACCCAUGAAUCUGCCAGGAAUUCAUAUUGCUCGUAAGAUUGACAAGUUGGGAAUGAGGUCCUCUGAUACGGCAGAGGUUUUCUUUGAUGACGUUCGGGUGCCUUGUAAAAACGUCAUUGGCCAAGAGGGAAUGGGCUUCACUUACCAAAUGCUACAGUUCCAGGAAGAACGCCUUUGGGGAGUAGCCAAUAUCCUGACGAUAAUGGAGAAAGUAGUGCAGGAGACAAUUAACUACACUCGGCAGAGGAAGAUCUUCCAGCAGCCGGUGCUGUACCACCAGGUAGUGCACUUCAGGUUGGCAGAGCUUCAGACUGAGAUUGAGCUCCUACGCUCCCUGCUGUACCGCUGUACAGGUCUGUACAUUAAGGGCAACGAUGUCACAAAGUUGGCAAGCAUGGCGAAGCUGAAGGCAGGUCGUCUAGCUCGAGAAUUAGGUGACAGCUGCCUGCAGUAUUGGGGGGGAAUGGGCUUCACCAGCGAUGUCCUGGUCAGCAGGUUCUACAGGGAUGCCAGACUGAUGUCAAUUGGGGCAGGAGCAGAUGAGGUCAUGCUGUCGAUCAUUUGCAAGUACAUGGACACACUACCCAAGAAAUAACCCCACUGAUACCUGUGUAUGAUGUGUUGAUAAGUGCUCUUAAAUUGGCUUUAAAUGUCAAAAAGCAAUUUUAAUAAAGUUUGUGGAGCUUUUCCAUCACAAAUUAAAAGAACAUGGAUUUAUAAUCAUAGUUUGUUGUUUUUGAUGUGUAUGUAAAUAUGUUGAGUGAUCAUUUUAAGCUGUAGUCAUUACUAAAUCUUGUACAAAUACUAAAUACUACUUGCUUUUAACCCAUUUUAAUUUGAAAUUUGAAGCUGGAGUUGUCAGAAAAGAAAACGAGAAACAAGGUUUUAUGCCACUAGUUUGUUAUACAUCUAUAAAUUAUAAACACAGUACAGUUUGUCUAACUGUAAAAAGUACAAAUAAGAACAUUCACUUCAAUAAAGAUUUAAAGCAUUA